CGCCAGCCUAGAACAUUAGGGAAGUUGAGCCUCCGCCUCCACCCCCAAAACUCAAGGGGCGCAAAAAAUGGAACCGAGCCCCCCAACGGACGGCAGCAGCCAGUAGCGAAAACCAGUAGAGCGGCCGCGGCCGCGCCUACCUUCGCUCCACCCCAUCCCAUUUCCCCUCCUCUAUUCCAACCGCCUUCCUUCCACCUCAGGUUUCCUUCGGCUCAAAAAAAUGGCGGACUCGCAGGUGGAGGGGCUGCGGAAGGCGUACGCGGCAAUCAUGCUAAAUAUGGCCAAGGAGUCGGCGGCGCGGGUGCUGGCGGCGGAGCGGAGCGUGGCCGUGCUGACUGGAGGGAUUGCGGCGGCCAAGGAGGAUGGCGUCGCGGCUCUCGUCCGGCUGAAGAAUAUCAUGAAGGACAGGAUGAAGCAGGUGGAAUUGCAAUCUUUGGCACAUGUUAGAAAGAUCAGUGAACUUCAGGAGCAAUUACAUGAUGCUCGAAAUACUGUGGCAUCCCUUCAAGUUGAGCUGCAGAGAGCAAAUACCGAAUUGGAGGAGACACGGAAAACUUUAGCAGAGGAAAGAAUGAAUAUCCUUCCAACCUGUGGUAAGAUUGGUUCAAAUAAAAGCAAGAUCUCUCGUUCUAAGGUGCAUCUCCAAAAUAGAAGUUUGUCAUCAAAGGACAAAAAUACCGUUUGCCGCGUUUCCAGUGACGCCAAGGAAAAUGGAGCUGUUGUAAACAUGGAAAACCUGUAUCAUCGUGGUACUGAUAUGUCAUCAUUUAUAGCAAGAAAUAAGAAACGUGAGUUGUAUCGUAAUGGGUGUACACAGCGCAUUCGCGCUCUUAAACAGCGGGAUCCUGCUGCAGACUCCUCUAAACAAAGCAGCAAGGAGGCUAGUGCGUCGAAUAACCAUUCAAAGACUGGAAAGAGCGAUAGUGUUAGGAGCACUAGACAGACGAGAUCCACCAUCGAACAGAUACUUCAAACAAAGUUUCUGGCGAACUGCAAGCGCAAGAGAGGUCAACGAAGCAGGCCUGGUUAUAAGCAUGAUAGUUCUGAUGUGCAUGUUAAAACAGAAGAUAAAUCAUCUGGCACCUCUGAUGAAAACGGGUGUUUGCUGCUUCUUCAGGCACUCGAACAUGAUCUUUCACCUCCAGAUUUGUUUUCCGGACAUAGUGGUGAGGGGUUAACUGAUUUGAAGGACGAUUUGUUGAUGGGUGGGAAGGUUGCUGACUUCAAUUCUUGCAUGGCCUCCCCUGGCCCAAUAGAUGCACAUGCAAUCAGCAACAUGCGAGCGACAAGGAGAAAAAGAUCUAAGAUGGUUAGGGUUUUUGAAGCUGGUUGUUCUGAGUCCAAAAGUGUUCCAGGUAACAAUCUGCUAAGAUCAACCAAUGAGGAUACCAUUUUUGAGAAUGGGCAGAGCUCUGAAAGGAUAGAUGAUCACUCUGAUACAUCUGCCAUAAAUAAUGCUUCCGUUUUAAGUGAUGUGACUAAAAUUCUGAUUCAUUCGAGUGGUGCCAAUAAUGAUCAAUUUCAGUCUGGGGGCAGCUCCCCACUAGUAUUUCAGUCAACCAAAAGUCAAGUUGAUGGUGAAGGUGAAUUACGAGCGAAGCAUCCUGACUGCAGAACACCGGAGAAUAAUUCAGCAAAAAGGAAAGAAGUUAAAGUGGAUGAAAGUUGCAAUUUAACUUCAGACAGAGCUGAUCAUUUAAUCAUCAGCUCCUUGGAGAAAGAACAAAACGCGAAAGCAGCAUCCGGUGUUUCCAUGCAACCUGAAGGUGUGAGAUGUAUCAAAUACACAUUCAAUCGCAGGAAACGGAAGAAUGUGUCUUUGAACAGCAGCAGUCUGGUUAGUCUAGCUGACAAACAAGAGUCUCAGGCAAAGCCUGAGACACAAAAUCACUUCGUAGAAUCACCUAAAGGCGACAACCAACUAGCCCAUGUUGCCCAACAGCUCAUUUUGUUGUCAGAGCUGAAGUGGUAAGAAUUUUGCAAUGCAUAAACCUGAAAGGCCGGAUGGGUUCAGUGCAAUGAUGGUUAAGAGAUAUGCUUCAAUAAGUGAUGCAAUAGAUUCUUCAACGGACGAGAAACUACAUCUGGUGGCAAGCAGCAGCAGCAGCAGCAGAGCAGUCAAGAAAUCUGGAUCAUAGUUUAGCAUGCAACAAAGAGUGACUUAACAUAUACCUCAGCCAGUUGUUAUUUUAGAAGAAUGUACAAAUUAGGUAAUGAAUUUGGAACUGUUAUUUAGUAGAUGUUGAAUUGAAACUAUUGGUUUAUAAGCAGGUGAUUAUUUUUGAAUUAUUAUGUGGGGUCAUCGGAAACUCGAUCGGGAAAGGAUUGCUUUCUGGAGCAAAAAAGCGGUUCUCCGAAGUUGAAAGCAGCCUCUAUUCCCGAGCCUUGGUGGUGUUGGGAUUUCAUAAAAGAUAAAAUUGGUUUGGCGCGUGCGGAAGACAAUGAAGUUUUUUCUUUAAUAUAAUGUAGUGUUUUGGUGGACCCCUUGUGA